GAGAUUUUCCGCGGCGGCUCGUUCAAAACAGAGAGGAUGGACUCGGCUCGCAGUGGGACUAUUUGUAGGCAUUUCCUAAAUGGCUCAUGCAGAUUUGGUUCCAGAUGUUUUUACAGACACGAGAUGACCAUAAUACAACCCCAAAUAUGCAGAUACUUUCAGAAAGGUGAAUGUUGGUAUGGCGAGAGCUGCAGGUAUCUCCAUAUUCAACCUAAUGCUGGAGCAGCUGCUUCAGGUAGAAGGGGUUCAGUGCCUGCCGUCUCUUCCCAUAUGGUCCACCCGCCCUCUGACAGAAGAGGGUCAGAACCAGCUUUCCUGCACACUGUCACUUCCAGGCAGGAAUGCAGUGGAUCAGAGCCGACUGUUAACGCCUCACGUUUUCAGUGCAACGCUCGACGCCUGCCACAUGAUAAUGCAAAGGAGCAGUCACCAGGGGAAAGAACCAACCCGGAGUCUGGCCAGCGUUCAGGAAUUGCUCGAGCAAGUGCCUGUCCGAGGAUAGAGGAGGGUUCCACUGAAUCUGAGCCACAGGAGGGUGGAGCUGCUGCUGCAGCAGCUUCCAGUAACAAAAGUGAAGAGAAAACUGAGGCCUUCCUGCAGAGUAAAGAUGUGAUCUGUGGAAUCUGCAUGGAAACAGUUUAUGAAAAGGAAAACGCGAAGGAGCAUAUAUUUGGGCUUUUGCCAAACUGCAACCAUCCCUUCUGUUUAAAGUGCAUCUCAACCUGGCGGAAGACUAAACACAUUGGCUCUGAUGUUGUAAGGGCAUGCCCCCAGUGCAGAGUGAAGUCUGCGUUUUACAUGCCAAGCAAAGUGUGGGUUGAAGGACCAGCAAAGGAGAGUGCAGUUGUUGCAUUCAGGAAGAAAUUCAGUGAGAAAAGAUGCAGCAGCUAUGACCGAUUCGGAUACUGUCCCUUCAAAACGGACUGUCUCUAUCGUCAUGUCAAAAAUCCAAAUCGAGUUGAGUUUUCGUAUUUCUCGGACGACGACGAUGAUUAUUUCGAUGACGAAUAUGAAAACGGUGUUGAUCUACUCGGAUUUCUCCUAGCUAUGACCCUUCUUGGUAGUGAUGAUUCAGACGACGAGGACUUUCACUUUUAACUAAACAGAAUGUGAGUUCUGAGCCAUUGUAUUAUUUUCAGUGACUGAAGCACUGAUUGAAGCUGUAAGUAAAAUAACUGGCUUUGGGUGAUCUGGCUGUGUUUUUGACGUGUCCUUUUGGAAUGACUAUAUAUGUAUAUUACAUCAUUUGUGAGCAGUCUUG